AUGCUUCCUUUUAGAUUGAAUAUUUUCGUGCCCUCUGGGGCUGGUCACUAUUUUAUUGACCAAAAUAUUCUCCGCUCCAAGUUUUCAUUUGCCGCAUAUGUGUCUAAAUAUGUUUUGAAGCGUUCGCCAACGGCUACCACUCAAGAACGAACGACCAGCUUACUUUUUCCUAAAUUGGAGGAUGCCCAAAUUAUCAACUUGAACAACACCAUCCGUGGUACCGCCAAAGUGUGUGCCGCUGACGACUUGGAGCUUUCUUUUUCUGGAAAUUACGACGAGAUCGAAUUUCUUGAUGCCUGUUACUCAUCUAACCCAAAUAUUGAUCAUUUAGGAGAUCGUCAACACAACAAUGCUCCAGAGCCGAUGCCAAUAAUGUCUUCUCGUAUGCAAGGCCCAGUCAAGUUGGAACAGCCAGGUUUUCACAACUUUUCUCCUGCCACAGCACUUUCGACCCACACUCCGCUGUCGCUUCUGUCCUCUCUUCCGUAUGACGGUAUGAACGACAUGUAUCACAACACCAAUACGAAGAUACAAGUACCUUUUGUCCAAAUCCAAUCACAUCCUCUUCCGCAAACGUAUUUCAACCAAGAAGAUUUGUCUACCCAAUCACAUUUUGCCUUAAACAUGAUUGGCCUCAACCCGCACUUUGACUUUAAUGACUUUGGUGGCUCUCAUGCAAACGUUGAUACGCUGUCCAUCUAUGCGUCUUCAUCCGAGUCUAAUGCCUCACCCUUGGACGAUAUGUUUUUUAAAGGAUCUGUGAAUCAGCGGUCAAUGAAAGAGGUCAAUUUUGAACAGCCGAGCCUUAAUAUGAGGAAGAGGAAAGUCGAGGACUCUCUUUCGCCAAGAACAUCUACAGAUUAUCAAUCUGAUUCGUUCAUGAUCAGGUCCAUCAACCUGUACGAACCCAAAUUUGAAGGUGUUAAGAAGGCUAAAGUAGAAAGCUAUUCGGACUUUGUCAGACCAGCGGACAACGAAAUCAGAGGACAUGCAGACGAGUUUAAGUAUUCGUGUGAUCAAUGCGAUUCUUCGUUUAAGGUCAAGUCAUACUUGACCAGACACAUGCGCAAGCACAACAACGCCAAUGCAUUUGUGUGUCCUUUCUUCGAACCCAACGAGCUGCUCGCAGAUAGUGGUAGUGGCACCAGAUGUCACCACACGGGAGGAUUUUCUCGUAGAGACACUUACAAGACGCACUUAAAAGCUUUGCAUUUCAUCUAUCCUCCGGGCACAAAGUCUUCGGAAAGGAAUUCUACACGCGGCCGGUGCGCAGGAUGUUUUGAGGUAUUCCAAAGCAAUGCUGACUGGUUGAAAGACCAUAUUGAGGGUGGCCAGUGCAAAGGCAUUGUGGACCGUAACAGUUCAGUGGUGAUCAAACAGGAGUAUGAAAGUUGA